UGACACUAUUCUGAGUCAGUGAGGAGGUGAAGGGAAGUUUUGCAGUCUGAGGUCGUUUAGUAUCUGAAAAGCAGCAUCAUGGCGGAGCAGAGCGAUUCUCCUGUUCAUGUCCAAAAUCCGCAACCAGCACCGACAACGAGCUGGCCUAUUACCAGGGAGUCAUACGAGCUCCAGGAGGUUAUAGGUAGUGGUGCCACAGCUGUGGUGCAGGCAGCACUUUGCAAACCCAGACAGGAGCGUGUGGCGAUAAAGAGAAUUAAUUUGGAGAAAUGCCAGACGAGUAUGGAUGAGUUACUGAAAGAAAUUCAAGCAAUGAGCCAGUGCAACCAUCCAAAUGUAGUCACUUAUUAUACAUCGUUUGUGGUAAAAGAUGAGCUUUGGCUGGUAAUGAAACUGCUGAGUGGGGGAUCAAUGUUGGACAUCAUAAAAUACAUAUUCAGCAAAGGAGAGCAUAAAAAUGGAGUCCUAGAUGAGCCAAUUAUAGCAACAAUUUUGAAAGAGGUUUUGGAAGGUUUAGACUACCUACAUAGAAAUGGUCAAAUUCACAGAGAUGUAAAAGCUGGAAAUAUUCUCCUGGGAGAAGAUGGUUCUGUGCAAAUAGCAGAUUUUGGCGUCAGUGCAUUCUUAGCAACAGGAGGAGAUGUUACAAGGAACAAAGUUCGGAAAACCUUUGUUGGAACUCCCUGUUGGAUGGCACCAGAGGUUAUGGAACAGGUACGAGGCUAUGACUUCAAAGCGGACAUUUGGAGCUUUGGGAUUACAGCUAUUGAAUUAGCAACAGGGGCUGCACCCUAUCACAGAUAUCCACCUAUGAAGGUUUUAAUGUUAACAUUACAAAAUGAUCCCCCUACUUUAGAAACAGGCGUGGAGGACAAAGAAAUGUUAAAAAAGUACGGCAAAUCCUUUAGAAAACUAAUAACACUGUGCCUUCAGAAGGACCCUACAAAGAGGCCAACAGCUGCAGAGCUUUUGAAAUGCAAGUUCUUCCAAAAAGCAAAGAACAGAGAGUAUCUGAUUGAAAAGCUGCUACAUAAAGCACCGAAUAUUACCCAAAGAGCCAAAAAGGAGCCUGAGCAGAAACCUGGGAAAACAACCUUGGUGCCAGGUUCUGAGAGAGAACACGAGGGCAUCAGAAGGGUAAGAAGAGUCCCUGGGUCUAGUGGCCAUCUCCAUAAGACAGAGGAUGGAGACUGGGAAUGGAGCGAUGAUGAGAUGGAUGAAAAAAGUGAAGAAGGAAAGGCAGCAUUUAACCAAGGAAGGUCCCGAAGAGUACAGCAACAAAACGAAGCCAAUGAAGUGAACGCCAAUAACAUUCCCAUUGGAGGACUGUCAAUUCAGCACCCCCAGGUUCAACCUUAUGAACAUUCCCCGUACAUUCAAGGCCAAACUGCUGUAAAUAUGGUCCUUCGGCUAAGGAAUUCCAGAAAAGAAUUAAAUGACAUCCGAUUUGAAUUUACUCCAGGGAGAGACACUGCUGAUGGAGUAUCCCAGGAGCUGUUCUCUGCUGGCCUGGUUGAUGGACAUGAUGUAGUUAUAGUUGCUGCUAACUUACAGAAGAUUGUAGAUGAUCCAGUCACCUACAAAGUAUUGACUUUUAAAUUGGCAUCUGGCUGUGAUGGCAGUGAAAUGCCGGAUGAAGUCAAAUUGAUCGGGUUUGCCCAGCUGAGUGUCAGCUGAUGCCGUCUUAUUGCCCGGUCUAAGCAAAUGCUAGGAUCAAAUGGUAGGAUGCAAGAGAGAUGGAGACAGAGGAAGCACAUUGCACAGGAUUCUGCUUCAUUUCCUAGCCUUUCACAGGACCCAGCACCCACUGCUUGCCUCUUCCUCCAACACUGCUGCUAAUAUCCAAGAGAGCAUUUAUACAACUCCGGAGAAACACUUGAGAAUCCAUCCACAACACAAAGUACAAGAAUUAAAAAAAUGUACUCAGGUGGUAAUAUUUAUUGAUAUUAAGUAGCCUAUUUUAUUUUUUACCGUUACCUCUGCUUUUGGCAUAGCUUUUUUGAUGCUGUUCAAAUAAUUUAUUGAAUAAAGUAUGUCUUUCUUUGUUGAAAUGUUCUCAAAAUAAAACAAUAGCUUUCAUUGAUGUGUGUAUUAAGGACCAGCGGAUUGACAGGAAAGUUAUUUUCUAGGUCCAAUGUUUGCCAUGUUCAAAAUGUAAAAUAUCCAUUAUUUAUGUAAUGCUUAUUUGACAAUGAAUAGCAUUCUUAUAAUUGUUAUUGAAUUAAUGUACUGUAUAUAGAAGGAAGAGUUCCAAGUUGGAGACUGAAAGUAUGGCUGAGAUUUUGGCGAGUCUGUGUUUGUCGCUUCAACGGAGGUCAGUGUUGAUGCUGUAAGAUGUUGGAGGUGCCUUCUUAAUUUUAUCUUUAAAAUGUGCCUGCGAACGUAGUUAAUGAACACUGAUAAACAUCAGUAUGAAAUGUCAACAGCAGUUGUUGUUUUUUCAAGUGCCACAGGAUUGCAGUGACAUUUAUAUUUCUGCAGAGAUUGUUUAAAGAGCGUGUAUUCACAGUUAUUGGUGAUCCUUUAGACUGAAGUUGCAAUGCACUUUCAGACAGACAAGUUAAUGUCUUGUCCUGUUGGAUUAAAUUUUGAGUUUAGUAUGUUUACUAUAUUACUGAUGAAAAAGGUUAUCUAAAGCAUAAUAGAAUUAAUAAUACUCUUCUCUAAAAGUCUUGAAGAGGCUUAAAUAUUAAUACACAAGCUUCUUGUUUUGUCUAAAUGCACUGCAAGACUAGAGUUGUUUUUCAAAGAUAUACAAGAUGUUAAAGGUAUCAGCAGACCUAACCUGAAAGGCAUUCAUAAAGGUAUGAUUAACAAUUUACUUGUACGAUUUAUAAGUACGAUAGUUCUCAAUGCCACUGAUCAUAUUUUAAGUGGUUUAUAAUGUAACUGUACUGGAUCCAUAUGGUUAUUGUGUGUUCUAUAUACAGUAUGUAUUUCAUUUCAGCAUAUUUACUCUGUUAAAUUUAAUUCAGCGGCAAAACUAAACUGUCUGCAAAAGAGCAAGAAAAUAAAUUACUGCUGAACUGGUG